UUAAGGUUGGAAUUGGAGUUCCACGUAGGAAACAACAGCAAGUCUCUCUCUGGGGCUGUCGUGAGUGAUAAUUAAUAUUUUCCAGGGGUUUUUCAUGCCGUAGGAUCAUGGUGGCAGUGAUAAACAGUGAGGAAAUCGAUGAGGAGAGCCUGGAGAGCCCUGAGGACACCCCGAAAGAGGCGAGAGUCUACUCGCUCGAGAUUCUCAAAAUAAUCAAGGAAGCCCAGCAGCAGCAUGGCCUUCGUCAUGGCGACUACCAGAGGUACAGGGGCUACUGCUCCAGACGCCUCAGGAGGCUGAGGAAGGUCCUGAAGGUGCCUCAAGGGGACAGGAGACACUUCAAACGCAGGGAUGUCACUGCUGUUAUGGUGCACGACGACAAGUUCCUUCAGGUUCCUCUGACGAUGGCUGAACGCGCCUGGAGUCAUGCCAUGCAGCUUCGUAUCGAGGCUAAUACUGAACCCAGGAAGAAGUUCCAUCUUAUCUCGAGGCUGAGGAAGGCUGCUGCUUAUGCUCUUCAGCUUCAAGAGUUGAUUGAGAACGUAAACUGCGAUGCUCGAACAAAGCUGGAGGCCCAAGCCUACGUAGCCUGGAUCCAGGGUUCCCUCCAAUUCGAGCUCCAACUCUGGAAAGACGCAAUGACAAAUCUCAAGAAGGCCCAAGUGGUGUACGGUGAGCUGGCAUCAGCCCUCCCAGAGCUAGAGCAAUUGAUCUACAAAGCACGAGUUGAGGAAUUAGCCCCGAGCCUCCGUUACUGCGCCUACAACGUGGGUGACACUUCAGCAAUCGACGAUUUGAUGCAGAUGCGAGGACAACUGAGUAACGAAUUGCUCAUGAGCCUGGACUCCCUGAUGGCGCAGACACGUGAGAAGCAGUCGAGUGCAGAGGAAGUGACUUGGCGUGGGAGAUCAUGUGGAGUGGUGCCACCGAGAGCCACAGGGCUCUUGAUAGCUGAUUCCCGAUUGAAUCAGACCCUGGAGAAGACGUCGACCCUCCAGGGGAAGAUUGAUCUGCUGGAGGCUCAUCUUAUCGACUGCAAGGACGUGAUAGCUGCUGUGAGGGAGACUUUCAAAGCAGAAUUGAAGAACAAGGACGAUAAGACACCAGCUCAUCACCUGAUCGCUUAUCUGCAGUACAUCAGGCUGUCUAGGACUCUGGAGAGGAACCUCGCACUCGUGAGCAUCGCUGAGGCCUCCGAGAAAGCAAAGCCACAGGACAUUGUUCGUCUUUACGAAGCAGCUCUGCAUAAUUUAUUGGAAAUGUCGCAGCUCCUGGAGGACGAGGAGUACAUAAAGGAGCAGGAGGCGAAGAGCAAGGGCUACAGGGCCUUCAGGUGCUUCCACAUGGCCCAGUCCCUGGCCAAUGUCCACAGGUGGAGGGAGGCAAUGGCUCUGUAUCAACGAGCCCUUCGACACACCCUCGACGCACUCAAGGACCAGUCCUUCCUCCCCGAGGACCUCAAAUCCUCUUUGAAGAAGCUUGAGAGCUCCAUCGAGGGCGCCCAGUGCGCUGCCCAUGCUCACAGUGUCCUCGAGGAGGGCACGGAUGACGAGGCUGCGGCUGUCAAGCAGAUGAAGAGCAAGAAACCACUCGUCGAGAGACUCCACGAGUACAGGGAGGAUAACUCUUUGCUCAGCAAGCAACCCAAUGUCUUCAAUAUGCCACCUCCCAUGCAGAGCAUUCCUUGCAAACCUCUGUUCUUUGAUUUGGCGUUCAAUAUGGUGGAAUUCCCGGAUUUAUCGGAUAAACUGGGGGAUCAGGGGAAGAAGGCACAGGCUGGACUCACUGGAUUUGUUAAGGGACUGUGGGGAUGGGGAAAUAAGUAACUGGAGAUUUGGGUUUUUGUAUCGUCUUUGGAUUUGGUUUAUUCGAGUAAUAAAGACAGUUUGAUUUAAUGGA